UAAGCUCAGUCGUAAGGAAGCUCCCGCACGAAAAACCAGAAAAAUAUUUGGUAAAGCAAAUCAAAAAUAGUAGCUGCGACCAGAUUUUUGGCCGAGUCAUGGAGCUGCCAUCGAUGGUGGAGCGUUCGGGCGAUGACCUGGUAAUACGCAGCCUAGUAAGCGGAGUUCCCAUGUUUCGUUCAUCCUUGGAGACCGUAGAAGAGCCCAAUUUUUUGACGUCUCUUCCGGUUCCCUUACCUUCGAUGGGAAUGGCAAACCCCGAAGUAGAGAGUGUCAUGGAUACCUUGCUACCAGAAGAUGGUCACUCCGCCAUCGCCAACGAGGAGGACCUCCCGCAAUGCAAAAUCCGUAGAAACUACAGUUGCAACCAGUGCGCAUUCUACACCCAAAAUCCCCGGAGUCAUCUCUCUCAUCUACGCGAUGUCCAUGGCGAGCGAAUCGUAAUCAACGAAUGCAAACUGUGUCUCUACGCCUCGCGCCACUUCCAGAAGCUGGUGCGUCACAUGAAGAUGGUACAUGGCUGUUCGGAUGACAACGGAACGCCAGGAUCAUCCGGUGGCGUCAUGCGUGCCAAGUACAAUCUCACUCGGGAGGUGCGCAAGCGGCGACUAGAAGAGAGCGUCGAAGUGCCGGCCUCAAAUGGGCUAGGUCCCAAUCAGAACCCUCCAAAGAUGCCUCAGAACGAGCCCACGCUGGAACAGCUCAAGAUGGAGCUCCAGCGGGAGGAGCAGAAGCUGGUGAAUAGCUUUCAGAUGUACAAGCGCCAGCAGGAUAUGCAGCAGCUCCUACAAAUCGUCGACAGUCACGACAACAUCUUCGCCAUGGCCUUCGAGCUCCAGCUGCAGUCGAUGCCCCAUGCCAAGCCGGAGGAAUCUUUAAAGUUGGAUGUAAACAAUAGCAGUUCGGAUUCAGAUGCAGCCCCACAGAGUCCCGCGAUUGAUGUGCCAGAACCACCGCCGGGUGCACAGCAGUUCCAAUGCCAUAAGUGCUCCUAUAUUACGCCCAUCCGUUCCAGGUACAAGAAGCACGUCAAGUACCACACUAUGCCGCUGAUUAAAUGCAGCUCCUGCGACUUCCACACUCCGUACAAGUGGAAUCUAGACAGGCACACCAAAAAUCAUGGUGGCCAUGGGCUUUACAAGUGCACCGUUUGCGACUUUAGCACGGACAUUAAGCAGUCGUUGACCAUUCACGAGUUGAACCACCAUGUGCCCACUGUGGGUCACCAGAUGGCCGCCAGGCGCAAGGCGACCACUAAACCCGAUCACGAUCCGGAGGAUCAGCAACCCAGUUCUUCCCGAAAGAUUGAGGGUCCCCCCAUCACAGCCCCGGACUCUCCGUUGCUGGAACCCACAGGCAUCAGUUGCUCUCACUGCCAGCAACGGAUGCCCAAUGCCAUCGCUUUGGUCAAGCAUCUUCAAAUGUGCGCUCAGGCUCUGAAGAAUAAUCAGCAUCUAUUGCGGGUUGCCAUGGACGGCGGGGACUCGGAAAUUAUGGAUGAGGACUUGCCCAAUGCUGCUAGUGAUCUCAAUUAUUGCGGUGUGGAAACAGCUCCUGGCUAUGGAGAGGUCACUCAACCGUUUAUUCCGGAGGAAUCCAAUGAUAAUACCCCAUUGAAGAAGGUCUUCAAGUGUCCCCAUUGCACUUUUUGGGCAGCCACUGCCUCGCGUUUUCAUGUCCACAUCGUUGGCCAUCUGAAUAGGAAGCCCUUCGAGUGCUCGCUGUGCGCCUAUCGAUCCAACUGGCGCUGGGACAUCACCAAGCACAUCCGCUUGAAGGCCAUCCGUGACAAAAGUCACAACCAAGCCGAAGUCCUGAUGAACGACGAGACUGGCAGACGCAACUAUGCCAAGUACAAUAAGUAUUUGACUUUGAUGAAAGUGAAUGUGAACCAAGCGGGCGAUGUGAAGCACAUGCGAACCGGCGAGAUGAUUGUCAUUCCAAAGCUGGACGAUCACGAGGAAGAAAUACUUGAGCCCAUUGAGAAUGCUCUGGACUUGAGCAAGCCCAAGGAAGAGGAAUCGUUUGAUGGUCAGAUGGACACCAAAGAGUCGAGCAUCGAGAUGCCUGCACAGGACAAGAUAUUGCAGCCAACUGAAGAUCCAAUGGAGCUUGGAUCAAAUGGCAAGGCUACCGACUUGCCUUUGGAUCUGACGAAGCCACAAUGGCAUGAGGAAAUGCCUGCAUCCAGUGAUGGCUCAUCAAACGAGAGCGAUUAGAUUACAGUAUUUUCUGUUGUAA